AUGUUGUGUCACAGUUUCUUACAUGCCACGCUUCUUCGUGAUCUUCUUCGACUUGCCCGCGGCGGCUUUCCCCUUCUUGCGCUUGAAGCCGCUCUCGUUCGGCAGCUCGCCGUCGUGCGUGUCCAUGCGCUCCGCCUCGCCCUUGCCGGGCCGCUUCGCGCGCGGCCGCUCGAGGUCCUGGAGGAUGGCCGAGGCGCGCGCCGCGUCGGAGCCCCGCGCGGACGCGACGCUCAGGAACUGGCGCUUGCGGCCGCGCGCGGGCCCCGACGGCCGCUUGCCCUCGCCGGCGACGACGGCGUCGAACUGGCCGAGCGACGCCGUCGCGACCUGGGCGCGCUCGAGCGCGCCCUUGACGCCGGCCUUGCCCUUCUUUUUCCCUUGCAGGUCGACGGGCAGGCCGGACGGCACGCCCUCCGGCUCGGGCCCUCUUUUCUUUUUGCGGGCCCGCGCGUCGUUGGCGUCGCGCUGCGCGGCGUUCUUGGCGACGCGCGCCUUCUUCUCGGCGCGCGCCUCCUCGCGCGGGUCCACGCCCUCGGCCGCGUCGCGCUCGGAGACCUCGAUGAUCGGCGCGUCCGCCUCGUCGCCGCCCACCUUGUCGUAGCCCCAGGCCGGCGCCCACUUCUCCCGCUCCUCGUCCCAGGCCAUGCGGGACCUCUUCUUUUUGGGGGCGAUGCCCUUCUCCUUGGCGAACUUCUCCCACUUCGUCUCGGCGCGCGGCUGGGGCACGGGCUUUUCGCGCGGCAGCGCCGUCGUCGCGGCGGGCAGCGUGAUGACGGGGCCCUCGUUCGUCUUUUCGACGGGCAGCGCAAACAACCCGGCGACCAGCAGCUGCGUCGCGUCGCGCGCCUGCGCCGUCAGCGCUUCGCCCGUUUCCGCGGGCACUUUGUACGUGGCGCUCAGGUGGUGCAGGUCCAAGGAGACGUGCUCUUCGAUGUCUGGCUCGGCCAUUGCUAUGUAGCACCUCUGCUGCAGGCUAGCUGAUUCUACUGACAGGCGCAGCGCGGCGCCUCAAAUUUUUUUUAUGUAACGAGCAGUUCACCAGUGCGAUCGCUCGCAAAUUUGUGGACCGUGCCGAUGAGUUAUGUCGAGCUGAGGCACGCGUUUUUUAC